AUGGCAUCAAUAAUACCAUGUGACUAUGAAAAGUCUUAUGCUAGAGCAGCAGAGUAUCUGACAAAAGGUGAAGUUAUAGCUGUGCCUACAGACACGAUUUAUGGAUUAGCUUGUAGUGCCAAUUGUAGAGAUGCUAUUAAAAAGUUAUAUUUAAUCAAAGGAAGAGAUUCCUCUAAACCUGUAGCUAUUUGUGUCAAUGAUAUUUUUGAUGUUAGAAAAUGGGGUAAUGCUGAGCAUCUUAGUGACGAUUUAUUACAUGAAUUGCUACCUGGUCCAGUGACAGUAGUAUUGGAAAAGACAAGUCUCUUGGAUAAUCCAUAUCUCAAUCCAAAGACAACAAAAAUUGGUGUUAGAAUUCCAAAACAUGUCUUUAUUAAUAAUGUUACUAGACAGUUCAAUAUGCCUAUUGCUUUGACUAGUGCAAACUCUAGCAAUGAACCUUCCUCCUUGUGUGUUAAGGAAUUUGAACAUUUAUUUUCUAAUUUAGGAGCUGUUUUUGAUGGUGGUGUAUUAAAUCAUGGUUUGGAUCAAAGUAGAAGUGGAUCAACCGUAAUAGACUUAUCCAAAAUAGGGUACUAUGAUAUUAUAAGGAAAGGUAUUUCAUAUGACGAAAUUGUUAAAAUACUAAAAGACCAUGGUCUUAUCAGUUGUUAA